AUGCAUAUCCUCCUCACCAAUGAUGAUGGCCCUCCGUCGCCUCACUCUUCCCCUUACGUCCACUCCCUCGUCCACCAGCUCGAGCAAGCCGGCCACGUCGUCUCCGUCUGUUUGCCGCACACCCAACGCUCCUGGAUCGGCAAGGCGCACAUGAUCGGCCAGACCGUCAAGCCGCUGUAUUACCGCCCUUCCAAAGAGGGCCUCUUCGGUACUGAGGGCAUUACCUCAACGCGACCCUCAGCCAAUGGUGCCCAAGACGAGUGGAUUCUCGUCGAUGGCACCCCAGCCUCAUGCGUGCAGAUUGGCCUGCACCACUUCUUCCAGGAGCGCGGCCCCAUCGACCUUGUGCUCAGCGGGCCCAACUACGGCCGCAACACGACGGCCGUCUUUGCACUGAGCUCGGGCACGCUGGGCGGCGCGCUCGAGGCUGCCGUGUGUAAGCGCAGGGCCAUUGCGUUAAGCUAUGCAUUCUUCUCGCGGAACCACGAUCCCGUCAUUAUUGCGGGUGCAGCAAGGCACUCAGUCAAGGUCAUUGAGAAGCUGUAUCAGCAGUGGCCAGCCGGGGAUGAGGUGGAUCUGUACAGCGUCAACGUACCGCUUGUCGAGGGCGUCGAGACGCACAAGACGUACUUUACCAACAUGCUGCAGAACUACUGGCGGGACGGCAGCUGCUUCCAGGAGAUUGAUGGAGAUGCUGGCGACGAGGAUGAAGAGGAGCAGAAGAUCCGUGAGGGAGCGGGCGGCGAGGCACAGGGCGGCGACACGAGGAAGAUCGAGACCGGAAGUGCCGGCGGACACAAACACAAGCACUUCAAAUGGGCGCCCAGGUUCACUGAUGUAUACCAGAGCGUUGAGGAGGCGCCACCUGGCAACGAUGGAUGGGCCGUCAAAGAGGGCUAUACGAGCGUGACGCCCCUGAAGGCCAAUUUCUGGCAUGCUUCUGAGCAUCUACACCAGAAGGAGCUGAUUCUUGACAAUCAUCAAACUGAAGGGUCUGCCGAGGAGCAGGCGGCGCCUUCGACCAACCUCCCCGUGAGGAACACCACCGUGGUUCCAGAACAGUCAACCAAUGCCGUUCCGGAUCCAAAGUUCCACGCCGUUAUCAACUAUGAGGAUCCGUACGUCCAGCCCCUAAUCCUCAAGGCCAUGGAGCGCCUCUUCCCGGACGCCUACUGCUUCCUCCCGGUACCCUCUGAAUCCACCCUUGGGGCAGCAAUCCCGACCCCAGACACCAAAAUUCUACACAUCGCGCAGUACGAAUCCCUCGACUUUGACCACGUUGCCUCGCAUCCGUCCACGACCCUCGUGAAUAGUUACAUCAUUCGCAAGGCGCUCAUCCGGAAGCACUAUCUGUCGUCAACUGUGGACCACUGGGUCGCGAAGCACCCUGAUUCUUCCUUGAAAACCCAUGUCAAGCGAGGGGACCACUUUGAGGUCGACUACGCCGAGUUCCUAGACGACGCGCUCGUCGAGGCGUUUGACCUGCGAGAGAGCAUGGACAGAAACGAGAGCAUCGAGGAGGAGGACAAGAGGGAGUGGUGGAUCUUAAAGCCGGGGAUGAGCGAUCGUGGGCAGGGGAUCCGGCUGUUCAGCUCGAUGGAGGAACUGCAGGGCAUCUUUGACGAGUGGGAAGAGGAGAGGCCAGACAGCGACGACGAAGACGAAGGAGCGGAGGCGGGGGCAAUGGACCAGAGCGCAAAGGGAGACUACAUCACGACCUCGCACCUCCGCCACUUCAUUGCCCAGCCCUACAUCCACCCGCCAUUGCUCCUGCCGGGCGACGCGCGCAAGUUCCACAUCCGCACAUACGUCCUCUGCGUCGGCAGUCUCGACGUCUACGUCUACCGGCCGAUGCUGGCGCUGUUCGCCGGAAAGACCUACCGUGCGCCGUGGGAGGACGCGGACCUCGACGGGCACCUGACGAACACCUGCCUUCAGGGCGGGCAGGAGGACCCCGCCCUGCCGGCCGUGAAGCAGUUCUGGGAUCUCGUCUCGUCGGGGGCCCUACCCGCGGAGACGGCCGAGGGCGUCUUUGCGCGCAUCUGCGACGUCACGGGGGAGAUCUUUGGGGCCGCCGCCAGGGAGAUGACGAUCCAUUUCCAGCCGCUGGGCAACGCAUUCGAGGUGUUCGGCUUGGACUUCUUGGUGGACGCCGAGGCAAGGCCGUGGCUGCUCGAGGUGAACUCAUUCCCAGACUUCAAGCAGACAGGCGGGGACCUGAAGGGGGUCGUCAGCGGGUUCUGGGAGGAGACGCUCAGGACGGCUGUCGGCGGAUUCUUUGGCGUUGAGGCCGAGGGUAAUGCGUCUGGUGACAUGGUCCGCGUCCGACGGGUUGAACUGGGGAGGCGGUGA